AUGGAUAUGGACGAGCUCAAUCAUCCUGCUAUUAACAUAUGGACGUUCUUCGCCUUGGCUGUGCUAGACAUUGCAGUAAACGCUGCCGCCGGUCCAGCUGCAGUGGCGACCGCCGCGCAUGUCAAUGGGAGCCCACUGACAGCGAGAGCACUACAACUCGGUGCGCUCGCUGGAGUCACUAAAUCAGGGGUGUUAGCAUUUAUCGAAUUCGCAGGGUACGCGGGCUUGCCAACGCCCGCGUGGAUACUGUUGGCUCUGGUGGCAAGUGGCUUUGGAACUUGUGUCCUGGUCACGGCGGAGAUUAGCAAUUUGGUUCUUGGAGAAACACCAAGCGCAUUGCUUAUUGCGGCUGUUGUCGCUGCUAUUCCCCUCUCGGGAGAAUGUAUGGGGAUAUAUCAAUCGGCUGGGGGGCUAUAUGGUGGCAAACCUCAGACACAACUUUGUGUUAUGGGGUUCAAUGCCUUGGGAGGAUACGUCUUUGCUCGUAUGGCACAUAACGGAGGCUACGAUGUCUGCCCUUACAGUGUUGCUGCCGCAGCUGGGGCUGUUUACGGUGUCAUCACCGGCUUCUUCCAUGUCAUCCUUGGUUGUCUAGCCGGAUUCACCCACUAUGAAAGCACAAAUGGGGAAUAUGAGAUACGGAAUGUAUUUGGGGUUGCGCGAGGGUAUAAUCCCAAUUGGGCACGAAAUGUCGGGCAUGGAGUCUGA